GUCGAGCGCCGGCCACUGGGUUCUCGCGACCCCGCCAGGACCUGAACGGAGCCCGGGGGGCGGCGGGCCGGAGCGGGGAGCGCGGGCAGCGGCCCGCCCGCAAAAGCCACGGCGGACUCUCCAGGGGCGGCACCGCAGCGCCAAGGGAGAGUGAGCUUGAGACAGCGGAUCGAGCUCCAGGCGGAGUAUCCAUGGAGAUGUGGAGCCUUGUCACCAACCUCUAAGUGCAGAACUGGGAUGUGGAGCUGGAAGUGUCUCCUCUUCUGGGCUGUGCUGGUCACAGCCACGCUCUGUACUGCCAGGCCAGCAGCGCCCACCUUGCCUGAACAAGCCCAGCCCUGGGGAGCCCCUGUGGAAGUGGAGUCCUUGCUGGUCCACCCGGGUGACCUGCUGCAGCUUCGCUGUCGGCUGCGGGACGAUGUGCAGAGCAUCAACUGGCUGCGGGACGGGGUGCAGCUGGCAGAAAGCAACCGCACGCGCAUCACGGGCGAGGAGGUGGAGGUGCGGGACUCCGUGCCCGCCGACUCCGGCCUCUACGCAUGCGUGACCAGCAGCCCCUCGGGCAGCGACACCACCUACUUCUCCGUCAACGUCUCAGAUGCGCUCCCCUCGUCGGAGGACGACGACGACGAUGAUGACUCCUCUUCGGAGGAGAAAGAGACAGAUAACACCAAACCAAACCGUAUGCCCGUAGCGCCGUACUGGACAUCCCCUGAAAAGAUGGAAAAGAAACUGCACGCCGUACCGGCUGCCAAGACCGUGAAGUUCAAGUGCCCUUCCAGCGGGACACCGAACCCCACGCUGCGCUGGCUGAAAAAUGGCAAAGAGUUCAAACCUGACCACAGGAUUGGAGGCUACAAGGUCCGCUAUGCCACCUGGAGCAUCAUCAUGGACUCCGUGGUUCCCUCCGAUAAGGGCAACUACACUUGCAUUGUGGAGAACGAGUACGGCAGCAUCAACCACACCUACCAACUGGACGUCGUGGAGCGGUCGCCUCACCGGCCCAUCCUGCAGGCAGGGCUGCCUGCCAACAAGACGGUGGCCCUGGGCAGCAAUGUGGAGUUCAUGUGUAAGGUGUACAGUGACCCUCAGCCUCACAUCCAGUGGCUAAAGCACAUCGAGGUCAACGGGAGUAAGAUCGGCCCAGACAAUCUGCCCUACGUCCAGAUCUUGAAGCAUUCGGGGAUUAAUAGCUCGGAUGCAGAGGUGCUGACCUUGUUCAAUGUGACAGAGGCCCAGAGCGGGCAGUAUGUGUGUAAGGUUUCCAAUUAUAUUGGUGAAGCUAACCAGUCUGCGUGGCUCACUGUCACCAGACCUGUGGCAAAAGCCCUGGAAGAGAGACCAGCCGUGAUGACAUCGCCCCUGUACCUGGAGAUCAUCAUCUAUUGCACGGGGGCCUUCCUCAUCUCCUGCAUGGUGGGCUCCGUCAUCAUCUACAAGAUGAAGAGUGGCACCAAGAAGAGCGACUUCCACAGCCAGAUGGCCGUGCACAAGCUGGCCAAGAGCAUCCCCCUGCGCAGACAGGUAACAGUGUCGGCUGACUCCAGUGCAUCCAUGAAUUCAGGGGUUCUUCUGGUUCGGCCCUCACGGCUCUCCUCCAGCGGGACCCCCAUGUUAGCUGGGGUCUCUGAAUAUGAGCUGCCCGAAGACCCUCGCUGGGAGCUGCCUCGAGACAGACUGGUCUUGGGCAAACCCCUGGGAGAGGGCUGCUUCGGGCAGGUGGUGUUGGCGGAGGCCAUUGGGCUGGACAAGGACAAACCCAACCGUGUGACCAAAGUGGCCGUGAAGAUGUUGAAGUCGGAUGCAACAGAGAAAGAUCUUUCCGAUCUGAUCUCAGAAAUGGAGAUGAUGAAGAUGAUUGGGAAGCACAAGAACAUCAUCAACCUGCUGGGGGCCUGCACGCAGGACGGUCCCUUGUACGUCAUCGUGGAGUACGCCUCCAAGGGCAACCUGCGGGAGUACCUGCAGGCCCGGCGGCCCCCGGGGCUGGAAUACUGUUACAACCCCAGCCACAACCCCGAGGAGCAGCUCUCCUCCAAGGACCUGGUGUCCUGCGCCUACCAGGUGGCCCGAGGCAUGGAAUACCUCGCCUCCAAGAAGUGCAUACACAGAGACCUGGCCGCCAGGAACGUCCUGGUGACGGAGGACAACGUGAUGAAGAUCGCCGACUUCGGCCUAGCACGAGACAUUCACCACAUCGACUACUACAAAAAGACGACCAACGGCCGGCUGCCCGUGAAGUGGAUGGCGCCCGAGGCGUUGUUCGAUCGGAUCUACACCCAUCAGAGUGAUGUGUGGUCUUUUGGGGUGCUCCUGUGGGAAAUCUUCACCCUGGGCGGCUCCCCGUACCCCGGCGUGCCUGUGGAGGAGCUUUUCAAGCUGCUGAAGGAAGGCCACCGCAUGGACAAGCCCAGCAACUGCACCAAUGAGCUGUACAUGAUGAUGCGGGACUGCUGGCACGCAGUGCCCUCCCAGAGGCCCACCUUCAAGCAGCUGGUAGAAGACCUGGACCGCAUUGUGGCCUUGACCUCCAACCAGGAGUACCUGGACCUGUCCAUGCCCCUGGACCAGUACUCGCCCAGCUUUCCCGACACCCGAAGCUCCACCUGCUCCUCGGGCGAGGACUCCGUCUUUUCUCACGAGCCGUUGCCCGAGGAGCCGUGUCUGCCCCGACGCUCGGCCCAACUUGCCAAUGGCGGACUCAAACGACGCUGACCACCGCAGCCCGUCUCUCCCCGCCCAGACUCCCACGGUCAGCCGUGGCCCUUGCCCACAGCCCCUGCUGGACUCACUGCCUCUCCUCACGCCCUUUCCUGCUGGCGGGAGCCGGCUGCCCACUUGAGGCCUUCCUGCGAGGCUGCCUUCGCCGCCGCCCCCUACCCCGGGCAUCCCUUAGCUUCUCCUGCUCGUGAGAGAGAGAGAGGAGCCAAGGGGCAGGUGCUCGCUGAGGGGCCGCUCCGUUCCCUCCCACGGGAUGGACCAACGCUCCCCUGCCGCUUGCCGCUGCCCGGAGGGUCGGGCGCGGGGCCAAGCGGGCCGGCCAGGGACAGCUCCCUAGGCUGCUCGCUUCUGUCGGUUUGUCCGUGUCACCGGAAGCCCCACAGCCCUUUCUCGCUGGUGGCGGGGGCCUUGUCCUCAGGGCUACAGCUGCUCCGCAUUAGAUGGUGCCGGUGGCUUAUUAAUUCCAAUACUAACUCGCUUUGCUGACCAAAUAGCUGGCACCAGAGGAGACAGACAGGCUGGGAGCAGUUUUGUGGCCCUGGGGCCCAGCCCUGAGAAACUGGGGGCUUUGUACAUAGCUAUGAAGAAAACACAAAGUGUAUAAAUCUGAGUAUAUAUUUACAUGUCUUUUUAAAAGGGUCGUGACCAGAGAUUUACCCACCGGCUAAGAUGCUCCUGGCGGCUGGGAGGCAUCGGUUGCUAUAUAUUAAAAAAAAAAAAAAAAAAAAAGGCAAAAACAAAAAAAAAAGGAAAAAAAAGGAAAAUGUUUUUAAAAAGGUCAUAUAUUUUUUGCUACUUUUGCUGUUUUAUUUUUUUAAAUUAUGUUCUAAACCUAUUUUCAGUUUAGGUCCCUCAAUAAAAAUUGCUGCUGCUUCA